GCCGUAUACCUUCGCUAACGAUGAAGACAGUAGCGACGACGAACAAGGUUCGGAGAACGGCAACGAUGAGCCUGAGGGGCGGGCGGAGGAGGGCGAUGGAGGACGUGAGACGCUCAUCAUGGAGGGCGUUGCCUCCAGCGAUCAAGACGACGGCGGCAAACAUCUCUCAACCCCAGAUCGACGAGCUAGCUCUUCUGGACGACGACGACAGCAUGGACCCACAAGUCCCGGAGGAUGAGAUACAGGGAAUGGAGAUCCCGGCAGGCUUUCGUAUUCAAGAAGCUAAACCCGUUGCUCUUGACAGAUUGCUUUUGCGGCGUGGAGUGCUCGCUAGGUUGGGCAUGGGGUGGUUUCGUGGGCUGAUCACUCAACAAUCUCAGAAGGACACUCGCCACCUGUACGACUACUGUAUGCAGCUGGAGCUAGACCAGAGUACGCGCAAGAUGAAAUUGCCCUUAGACAAGUACAGCGGAGAUUCGGAUGCGGCUGUAGGCUCCUGGGGUUUUUUUUAGAUUAGGAAGGGUACGCAGGACCAACGUCACCCUUGUGGACCAAGAAGGUUGACAGUUGCUGCUCAAUGCCUUGGUAUUUUCUUGUAUCGACAGCAGUAGUACUACUAGUGUUGUUGCUCAUGGUUGACAGCCGACAAUAUAGCAAAUGAUGUUAAAAUACUGUAAGAACGCCCCUUUCUGAAGAAGAAUGGACGACGAAAUAAGAACUUGGCAAAUAAGAACUGGUACUCGGGUUGGGGCAGCCAAUAAGAACUGAGCCUCGCCCAAUAUAGGAGGUUCUUAAGUGCGGGCC